CAACGCGCGGUCACGUGACGACGCGGUCGCCAUUUGCGCUGUAUAAACAACGAGCGGGCCGGAACGCAGUCGCGCUUAAUUCUUAUCCAAAGCGCCUCGUACAUAGUGUUCCAAGACGUGUUAAAAUGUCCGAGACAGACGCCGUGAACGCCAAGACCGCGCUCAGCGAGGAAAGCAAUCAGAAUGAAAAGUCGCCAAAAGCCAGAAAGAGCAGUAAGGGUAGGGCGAUAGAUCGUGCUCGCGAAGAGAGCGAAGCCAUAACAAAGGAUCUUGCACCAGAGAUUGAAGGACGCCGGCGUACACGAUCAGCCGCCAAAGGUAUUAUUCCAGCGAUACCGCCUCCACCUGCCAAGAAGGAGAAAAAGACGCCGGCGCCAAAAUCGGACGGCAAGCCAAAAGGACGAGGACGUCCGCGGAAGAAUGCGAGUGUCUCCGAAGAGGAACCGGUGAGCGACGAAGUCAGCAAAGAAGAAGCCGCUGAUAAGAUGGACACAGACGAAAGUGAUAAGAACGACACCGAGAAAGAAGAGAAGGAAGAAAAGAAGGUAGAGAAGAAAACCGACAAGAAACCCACACCGGUGGUGGAGAAUAACACACACGACAGCAAAGAUGAGGCGGCGAAUAAUAACGGCGACGGUGACGACGCCAAAGAAGACAGCAAGUCGGAGGCGACUGAGAACGGCGAGAAGGAAGCCGACACAACGCCCGCCAAGACGACGGACGCGAAAGACAAACCAGAGGAGAAGAAAUCUACGCCCGCCGCCGGCGAGAGUAAAGACGACGAGGCGGCCACAGUAUCUGAGUAGGCGAGUGAAUCUGUUGCGAGCACGAUAUGACUCUGUUUGGACGCGUACGGCGAGAGUAUGAGAUUUUAUUUCGAAUAUUAUACAUAUAUGAAUAUAAGGAGAACAUGUCGCGGAUUUAUCUAACUGAGUAACGAUCGUAUUUCUUUUUCUUUUUUGUUUGAAAUAGCAGGCACGCGAGCGAUGUAAUUGUAUAGGUACAAAUAUGGAAAGCCAGGUGUGUAAUCAACAUGGUUUUAUUUGUUUCAUUUCCGUGUUCGUCCGUCGCGGUUCCCAUUUAGUUCAAAACGCGUAUUGUUGUACUAUUCUAGAGCUAGAGCGUAAGUUAAUGGAAUUUUAUACUUGAGGAAAACUUGUACAAAAAAUAAUCCUUGCAUUCGAUUCAAAUAAUUUGUAAAUUUCGCCAAAAUUUUUGUUACUUUAGAUGAUGAUAUCUUAUUAACCACACCACACGCAUUCGCGGCAUGCGAUGAGUUAGCAUUUGCUCGAUGGGCCAUACUUAAGUUUAAAUAUUUGUACACAGUGUACGCAGAUUUUUGUCCAUAUUUCUGAAGGCGAUAUGAGCAGCAAUUGAUGAAAGAAUGGGAUGUAUGAAAUAAAUAAUAAUUGUGGUUUUUCUACUUUACUUUUAAUGUGUAAUAAGAUUGUACUAUCCUAUUAUUGAUAAAUAAAAAUUUAGACAAAUUCCUAA